GAUACGUAGAGUGACAAAACCAGCUUCCCCUCUCUUCCAAUAUGAAAGCAAUCAUUCAGCGGGUUUUGUCAGCCUCCGUGACAGUGGAUAAGGAGGUCAUAUCUUCCAUAGGAAAGGGAGUUCUAGUCUUUGCGGCAGUGGCUCCUGGAGACACAGAAAGAGAGGCAAAGUCCUUGGCUGCCAAAGUCCUGAAGAUGAAGCUUUGGGAUGACGACUCAGGCGGCAGAUGGAAGCAGAGCGUCAAAGACAUUGAAGGAGAGGUUCUCUGCGGUACGGCCACCCAGAACACGAAAAGGGCACUUGCUGACACAGUGACAGUGUCACAAUUCACGCUGCUGGCCAAGACGACCAAGGGAUCCAAGCCAGACUUUCAUGGUGCCCUGGGCGGUGAUGAGGCCAGCAUACUAUACCACUACUUCUUCCAGGAGGUCCAGAAAGGUUACCUUGCCGACCGCGUGAAGAAUGGAAAAUUCCAGGCCAUGAUGGAAGUGGCCUUGGUCAACGAUGGGCCGGUUACGCUUGAGCUAGCAGCGUCACCCCCACCCCCGCCUGGCAACGCGAAAUCGACGUGA